AUGAUCCUCAUUCUUCGUGUUCGACAACGUUUCGUCUUGAUUAACGCAAGAAAACCGCACACGAUCAUUGGGUCUGAUGCCGCUAAAACGAUGCGAAAAGGAAUACAGAACAGUUUAGAGAGGACCGUCCAAUCUCUGUGUGAACCGUCCUUGUUACGUGACAUGCAGCCUACGAAAGAUCAUCAUUAUCGCAUGAAAGUGCUAGAUGAAGUGGUUGCCUUAAGUCGAGAUUUUCGAGAGCAUCUAAGCCUCUUAAGGCGAUUUUAUCCCAGCAUUUUUGAUGGACGUGAAGCAUUAUACAGUGCUCUAUCGGCAAUAUACGAACACGCAAGAUUUAUUGCCAAGAUAAGAAGAAUUAAGCAAGUCGAUGCAAAUGUUUCAUCUAGUGACUUAGAUGUUAGCAUUCCUCAUGCGCCAAAAACUACUGAAACAACAACUCUUGAAGAAGAUAACGCCCAACCAUCUACUUCCUCUGGAGGCAUAAAUAUCACGAGGAAUAAAAAGCGACUCAGUUCUUCACCGAAAAAUAAGUCCACUAGUCGAAGUAGCAACAAAGAUGAUGAUUCCUCAUCUUCAGCUCAUGUCGUAGUCACUGGCAUCAGUUCAAAAGAUGACGCUGUUUUUGUCUAA